GAACAGAGCGUACUAUUUCUCAGCUGCUAAGCAGAGAGUCUUGAGUCCAAAGACAGUCAGAGCAAGAGAGAUCAUUUGGUAACUGAGCAGGAGGAGCACAUGAGCAAGCCAGAGGCAGGCAGGGAAAGGGACUGACACACACACACACACACACACACACACACACACACACACACACACACACACACACACACACACACAUAGCGUGAGGUUGACUUUAGUCGUGCGUUCAGGGAAGUCCACACAGCAGCUCAGAGGGGAAGUGAAAGGAGCGCUGUUUUUUCACCCCUCAUACUCUUCCUUUGUAUUCUCCAAACAGGGCUCAGCUCUGAUCCUUUAGCUCCUCUAUUUUCUCUUUUUGUCACCUAUUUUUUUUUUCCUGAAGCCAGAGCAGGAGCACCACUGCCUCCCUGUAACCCUUCUUGCCGGUGGUGGAUGCUGAUGCUGUGAUACUGGCAGAGGAGCAGACAGGCCCCCAGUGGAUGCAGUAAAGUGCUCUUGGAGGAAAAUUGCAAGCAAAGGUUUGCCAGCCAUGGGGAACCUCAUUAAGGUCCUUGGCAAGGAUUUAGAGAACUGUCCACAUUUUUUUCUGGACUUUGAAAAUGCCCAGCCCACAGAGGCGGAGACGGCCGUUUGGAAUCAAGUCAGCGCCGUUCUGGAGGAGGCUCAUGGUAUCCUAGCAGAGUUGCAGUCCUACAGUGGAGCAGGGCAAGAGAUAAGAGAGGCUAUUCAGAACCCCAAUGACCUCCAGCUUCAGGAAAAAGCCUGGAACGCUGUGUGCCCCCUGGUGGCCAAGCUGAAGCGAUUCUAUGAAUUUUCGCUCAGGUUAGAAAAUGCCCUGCGCAGCCUGUUGGAAGCACUGACGAGCCCACCGUAUGCUCCCAUGCAGCACCUGGAGAGGGAACAGGCUCUGGCUAAACAGUUUGCAGAGAUCUUGCACUUCACUCUCAGCUUUGACGAACUAAAGAUGACAAAUCCAGCCAUUCAGAAUGACUUUAGUUACUACAGGAGGACCAUAAGCAGGAAUCGACUGAACAAUCAGCAGUUAGAGGCAGAGAAUGAGGUCAAUAACGAAAUGGCCAAUCGGAUGUCUUUGUUUUACGCGGAAGCGACACCCAUGCUGAAAACCUUGAGCAAUGCCACAACUAAGUUUGUGUCAGAGAACAAGACUUUACCUAUUGAAGACACCACAGAUUGCCUGAGCACUAUGGCCUGCGUGUGCCGGGUCAUGCUGGAGACUCCGGAAUACCGGUGUCGUUUCACCAACACAGACACUAUGCUGUUCUGCAUGCGUGUUAUGGUGGGCGUCAUUAUUCUCUACGAUCACGUUCACCCCGUGGGUGCCUUCGCUAAAACCUCCAAGAUUGAUAUGAAGGGCUGCAUCAAGGUGUUGAAAGAGCAGCCUUCAAACAGCGUGGAGGGACUGCUGAAUGCACUGAGGUAUACAACAAGACAUCUAAAUGAUGACAGCACCUCCAAACAAAUCCGUGCUCUGCUUCAAUGAGGGGAGAUGCCAAGAGAGCGAUGAAAUCGAGCGAGUAUGAGAAAAUGAAACAGAUGAAGAAGGAAGUUGUUGUUAAAGAACAAAGUAUGAAGGCUGGAAGUUUUUGGGUGACACACCCUUAGGAACCUGUCUGUUUACAUGAAUGAAAUGCAAAAUGUCAAUUUCAAAACCCUAAAUAGGGAAAAAUGGAAAAAGUAUAUAUAAUAUAUUGUCAGUUGUUCAUCAUGUCUUUGAUUUUGUAAAAAUCAUGAAAAGAGAUUAUAGAAAUAUAUAUAUAUAUGUAGGUAUAUAUAAAAAAAAAAAAAAAAAGCUGAAACAGAACCAUGGCUUACCAGAUGAGAACGUUUAAGAAGAAAAUGCAUAUAUUAAAGCCCUAUGAUCAGAAACAAAAAACAACAAGUAAGCUCCAUAUAACUAUGAUUCUGCAGAUUAUUUUUGCACAUAGAUAAUCCCCUUAAUAAUUAUAAAGAUUUUGAAAAUGGCUUCACAUUGUAUAGUGUAUAGUGUGUAUAGUGCCGCUCAGUCUCCGUGCAUUUAACUUCCAUUUGAUUUUUAAAACCCUCGCCUCUUCAUCUACACCCUGCUUCUUCCACUGCAUUCUGCAGGAGUAUUUUAAUACUGCACUCCCUUUCCAAGUUUCAGUUACAAAGUCAAUUCGUGAAUCAUGCCAUGCUAUUUCUUCAGAACUCAGUACCUAUAAAACAAGAGACUUGCAUUGCUGUAUAUACUCGAAAAGCACAGGUUAAGGAUUUUUGUUUGACUUAUUCACUAGUGCUGUACAGCAAUACUGAAAUAACAUAAUAACUGCAAAAGCAGUACAGAAUAAGCUGUUUUGUGCCAGUAUAGAACAAAUAGUGAACAGUUCAUGGACAAAACAAAAGGCCUUAGUGAGACGGACAUGUAAGGCACUGAUUUGGGAAUUGUUCUGCUUUGAUAAAGUACAUGAGAAGGAAUUCUAAGAAAGCCAUGAAACUCGAUUUCAGAAGCCACUCACAUUUCACUCAGUACUGUAGCUACUUUCUCUGCAACCAUCUCAUUUGAGGACCUGUAGUUUGUCAGAGGAGUGCAUUACAUAUCGAGUGAACUACAGGUCCCAAAUAAUCAGCCGCUUAACACCAACCUCCUAGCAGUACAAGAUUAAAACACACCCUUAUGGUGUGUUAAACUUACUGAACAGAAAUACUGGCAAAUCCGACCAUGACACUGCCUAUUAGUGAACUCAAGUUGAAGUUCUGGGCACAUGUAUUCUUAUAGAAAACUGGAAAUCAAUCAUUGUUACUUACACUCACUUACGCACACAAACACACAAACACACACGUACACACACACACACACACACACACACACACACACACAGAGGGCCUACAGCUGAAAAAAUGCAGAAUGUUUUGGUGUAAAUAAUUGAAUAAGCGGAGGAUUUUCCACCAGCCAUCUAAAAGGCCAUGGAACUGAUGCGCUUAAAGUCAACUAGAGAAUGUUUCUUUUAGUAAGAUGCAAUUAAAAAAAACAAAAACAAAAAAAACAAUCAUGUCAUAAAUGAGUGAGUAUUUAAAAAAAAGAAAUUGUUUAAUGAAAUUAAGAUGCAACAAACGCAGUGUUGUAUUUCGAUGUCUAUAGCCCUUAGUUUAACUUAAUUUGAUCUGACAGUAUAUUUUUUAUACAGGGGUAUGUUCACAAACAUAUUCUGUAUAAAUAAAUAGGUGGCAUGCUGUACAACUUCAGAUGAAAUUGUGUAAAUACGGUGUUUUUAUUCAUUUUCAAAUGUUCAGUGACUGAUUUGGGUGUGUGUUGUGUCUAAGAAACCUUGCAUUUGGCUUGGACUAUUGGACUUGCUGUAGUCAUAGGUUCCAGCUCUUCAACUUCAUACUGGCGGAGAACGUAAUGGGCAUAUUGGAUCAGGGAGGGAGGGGGCUGUCCAUUUGCUUGUUAUUUUGUACAUUUUGUGCAACAAUAAACUUGUCAUUUAUUAAGUUCA